GAGUUUUGGGUUUAUUUGGCUCGACUCACAUUUCGAUAUCGUUAGCAAUGUCCUUCUCUAAAUUCUACUUUGCCGUAAAACAGCGGCUACAUCCCACACAGAACCAGAAUCCUGCCACUAACAGUAGACACCAUCAUGACAUCGUCAGACCGCCGGUUCGCACUGUACUGGCGCCCAAAAAUAAUAAGGGUUUGAAUUUCACCAUUGAGGAGCGGCAGCGUCUGCAGGUGCACGGCCUGUUCCCGGCCGCGUUCCGCACCAUGCAGGAGCAGGUGUUCGCCGUGGCGGCCAACUUUCAUGCGCGGGCCACGAACAUCGGACGGUACCGGUACCUGAGGGCCCUGCGACAGCGGCACGAGCGCCUGUACUUUCGCUUCCUGUCCGAGCACCUCGAGGACGUGCUGCCCGUGAUCUACACACCCACCGUGGGCGUGGCCUGCACCAUAUUCGGAAUGAUAUUCCGGGGCCCCAUGGGCAUGUAUGUGACCAAGAAUGAUCGCGGCCACGUGGCACAGGUGCUGAGGAAUUGGACAGAGCCCAACAUCAAGGCUGUGUGCGUGACGGACGGCGAGCGUAUCCUGGGCCUGGGCGACCUCGGAGCCAACGGCAUGGGCAUCACCGUCGGCAAGCUGGAGCUCUACACGGCCCUUAGCUGCGUGCCGCCGCACCAGCUGCUGCCCGUCUGCCUGGACGUGGGCACCAACAACGAGGAGCUGCUGGCCGAUCCCAUGUACAUUGGGACGCGGGACAAGCGGAUCAGGGGCAAGGAGUACGAUGAGUUCGUGGACGAGUUCAUGCAGGCUGUCGUCCAGAUCUGGGGCCGCAGAACCCUCAUCCACUUCGAGGACUUUGCCACGCCCAACGCCUUCAAGCUGCUGGAGCGGUACCAGCACAAGUACUGCUGCUUCAACGACGACAUCCAGGGUACGGCCGCUGUGGGACUGGCCGGCCUCCUGGCCGUCGAGCGGGUCACCAAGAAGAAGUUGGACGACCACGUAAUCGUCUUCGCCGGCGCUGGCAGUGCGGCAAUGGGUGUGGCGGGGCUACUGACCAAGGAAAUGAAGACCCGGAAGCUGGACAUGGAGCGUAUCACAAAGAACCUUUACGUAUUCGAUCAGAAUGGUCUGAUUGUGAAGAGCAGAACGGAUGUGGCGCCGCCCAUUCAACCGUAUGUGAAGGACAUGCCCCAUAUAAAAGCACUCGACGAGGUUGUGGAGAAGGUGAAGCCAUCCAUCCUGUUGGGCGCCACCAGCAUGGCCGGACUCUUUUCGGAGAAGAUCCUGCGCUUCAUGGGCGCCAACAACGAGCGUCCCGCCAUCUUUGCCUUCUCCAAUCCCACCAGCAAGGCGGAGUGCACGGCCGAGCAGGCCUACAACUUCACAGAGGGUCGCGCUCUGUUCUCUUCGGGCUCACCAUUUCCGCCCGUGGAGAUCAAUGGCAAACGCUUGACGCCCGGGCAGGCCAACAACUGCUUUGCCUUUCCGGGCAUUGGAUUGGGCGUGAUGGCCGCUCACGCCAAGAUCAUACCCGACGAGAUCUUUUUGGUAGCCGCUCACACCUUGGCACAGUAUCCCGAGCAGGAGGCGAUGGAUAGCGGCAGACUCUACCCGAAGGCGACGCAGGCCAAAGAUGUGGCACUCACCAUUGCCGUGGCCGUGGCUCAGUACUUGUUCGAUAAUGAUUUGGCCCAGGUCUAUCCCGUGCCAAAGAAUGUCUGCAAGUUUAUUGUCGAUAAUCUGUACGAGCUCUGCAAUGGCGAUUCGUUGGUGGAGCCCUGGGGGUACCCGGAUUUGCCCACAGUUCCGUUCACCAAAGACUACAAGAUACCACCGAAAGAUGUCAAGAUUUCCUUCUAAUCGAAUCAUCUAUAAGCAGGCCUUUUCCCUUUGUAGUUUCUUUGGCCUUAGAAAGGGGAUUUGAUUUUCUUUUCGAUAAUCAAAAUUCACUGCUAAAAUUUAA